GUUUAUGAAACAAAUAUUUAAUUGGCGUUUUUUGUGGUACAUGCAAUGAAGUUUGUUGAAGGGCUGACGUUGGUGGUGGGAGGUUUGCAGGGCAACAUGACUUUCUCAAAAUGUUUCGUAAGACAUCUCGUCCCGUUUCUCGGACUGUUCGCGAUGUUCGUUUCUCUAACGCAAGCCGACGGAGCAGAAUGCGUGCCGUCCUACAGCAUCGUCUACCCAGCCAUCAACCAAUCUUUAAACUUAAAGAAGCAGCAGGAAGCGCAAGAGGGGAAAUAUAACUGGCAAGCAUCAACAAUUGAAGUUUCCUGCAUGUCGAGGUGCUCAGAGGAUAUACUCUGCAGAGGUGUCAUCGUGAUAACAGCUGAAGAAGAUGACAAUGAGUGCGUCGUCUGUCCAAACGAUGGAUUCUACAGCAACGAUGACGAAAACCCCGACGAUAACGAUGAUGACAAUGUUGAUGAUGGCAUUGAUGGCAGAUGUUUGAGAAGUAGUCAAGUGAUUGGCGAGUAUGAAGGAGGAGUGACUUAUUACAGGAAAGUGCUCUCCUGUGCUCAGUAUUGUUACAACUCCUGGUCCAAGUUGUUCGAAGGCAAGAUAUCCUUCGGCAUCACAUUGAUCAAACCGCAACAGGAAAUCACGGACGAAAGGGACUGUUUCCGGUUUUGCGAGAAGAAGCCAUCUUGUUCCGGCAUCGUAAUGAAGCUCAACUACCCCAAAUGUCAGUUCUACAGGGAGAACAUCGGCAGCGUUGAUGAUGGGGGUGGUGUGUUUGCAAGUGGGGAAAGUGGCGGGAAGCUUGUGAUGCAGACGAUUGAAAAUUUGGGAGCCGUCGAGUACACAUUGAGGAGAUGUGUUAAAAGGUCGAACGUUUCCUACUCGCCUCUCGGUGAAAGGUCCUCAACCUUCCUCUCCAACUUAACCGCCGAACCUCGGGAAGUGCAGCGUUAUUACGAGAUCUGCAGGGACAAGUGUUCAUUCAGCUUAUCCUGCCUGUCUUUCGAACUGAACGAGAAGUUCAUCGCCCAGUAUCGACAACAGAAGCAGCAACGACGGCACCUGUCGCGCGAGUUGUUGAUGCUCGUCGAGCGCAAUCUUGAAAGGAAGUGCACGCUGCUCAGUGGCGACCAGCCGCUGGCACGAGCCGCAAAAUACGGCUUCAGAAAAAUUGAACAGACGGUUUCCAUUAAGAAACAAAGUAAUAACCAUUUUUAUGUUCAAUAUUCAAUACACACAUUUAAUCGUUUGUUUGUGGAAGCGAUGCCUGCUUUGAAGGUGACUUUUGUUAAAUUGUGCGUAACUCUACAUGAGUUUGUAUCAAUAAAAUAUCAGCAUAAUACAUGUGGGAUCAUAUCUGUAAGUUGCAUCCACUCCAACAUUUCGAAAGGUUGCAACAAGAUAUGGUCCCAGCAGUUGAACCACCGCUACAUACGUCACCAGCAGGAGGCACGGACACUCAUACAAAACAUCUCAUUGAUGAGAUGCCAGCACGAAUGUUUGAAUCACUCGAGGCCUUGCUACGGUUUCGACGUCAUGUUAUCCUCCGAAUCUCCGGUCCGGCGCCCACUGCAGGCACGUCAGUCCAGCUUCGUCGCAAGUUUACUGAACGACAAAAACCUGGCGAAUGAAUUUAUAAAGAUCCUGCAACUGCCAUCUGUCGCAGUUGUUGAAUCUCUCGCAUCAGUUGAAUGCUACUUGUUGCUGAGUCCUCGCGAGGUGCAACUAACUGAAUGGUCUGAUGGGUUCAUUCAUUUCUACUAUGCCGAUCCGUGCUGGAACCAAAUGUCUUUUUGGAGGUUCUUUCCAAAAGUUAUCACCGCAUCAUCCGCCAACCGAAGUUCGGCCGAUCCACUGGUCAUUUCGACCUUGGACAAUUCCACGGUGGAUGAGUGCAUGCUGACGUGUGCCAACAAUACCAAAUGUUUCGGAUUCCAAUCAGUCAGACUGCCUUCUACGCCAAACCAUCAAACGAAUUCUAUCAGAUGUCAGUUGGUUGCCAAUUUUAAUGGCUCCACAGAAAGUACAGAAGAUGUGAACGUUGAGGGCUUGUAUGUUUACGAAAGGGCUGCUCACACGUCUGAUCACUUCCCUCAAUGCUUCCCCCACUUUCGACCCUCUUCUACCUUCUUGUGUCCCUGCCAGGGCGACCUCCUCCUCGCCACGCCGACCACACCUGCCCCUUCGGCACCCGUCGAAUACGAAUGCAUGAACAGGUGCGUGGCUGACGACAGAUGCUUGGGCUUCUUCGUCGUUUACUCCAACGAAAGUAGGAACGUCGAGUGCAGAAGAUGCGAAGUUAACUGUCCGCAGAGGAGUUCUGCCUCUCUCAACGUGGACACACUCUUUCCCGAUUUUUCAAAAUUGAGCGCUGCAAACGCUGUGCUGAUGUUUGAGAGAGUCGACAGCUGUCCAGUCGUCUGUUCCAGCGAAUGGGUAAUUCUGGAAAAUAUCGGCUACACAGAGAAGGCAGGUGCUCUGCAACACUUGAGGUCCGCUGAAGAGUGUUUGAAGUUCUGUACGAACAAUGCUAACUGCUAUGCCGCUGUUAUAUCGGCGCGUGAGCCAGUUUGCUCCUACUAUGACAUGCAGCAGGCCAGCAAACUGAACAGUGAGGUGAAGAAAGUGGGAAAUAUUGUGGUCGUCAUGAAGAGAAGAUGCGUUAAAAGAUGCAACGUUUACUACACGCCCCAUUACAAUCGUGUUUUUUCUGGGAAGAUCAAGGUGAAGCAGCUGGUGGUCAGCAGCAUGGAGAUGUGUCGUGAGUCCUGCCAGACUGACGUCCACUGCAAAGCUUUCCAGAUACGACGGCGCGGUAGUGUAGUGGUUAAGGUGCCUGGCUUUGAUGUUGCAAUGUCCGCGUUCGAAUAUAACAAAAUCUCCGCCAAUCGCAUGCAAAAAGUGUGCGAUGUGUUGAUUCACGUGUUUUUACACAGUGAAAAUAUCAUAAUUUCUCCAAAUUUACUAGCCAAUAAUUUAAAUAAUAAUAUUGCCGUUGAUACUGAUUACAAUUUAACAACUUGUUGCUGUGGUAGACGAUGUAAAGGGAGAAAAGGUUUGCGAAUGCACCAACGAUCGUGCAAAACAUUCAAGGACUUGCAAAAUUCGAGAAAAUCUCCAAAUGAUCCAGAAGCGGAUUCCAAAUUGACGUCAUCUCCGAUGCAACAGAAAGAAUCUCCACCGCCGUCAACAUCAACGUCGCCGCCAACAUCACUGCCACCGGCAAACAACACGAACAAUACACCACUCCUAGGGAUUAAACUACCCAAAACAACAACUCAUUGGCUUGAAGCCAAUGCAUAUUUCCACUCUCAAAUAGCAACAGUGCCAAACAUUACUGACAUCAAUAACUUCACUACCACUCUACAAACACUAAUUUACAAUUAUUUCGCAUCAAACUACGGCACUCUUAAUCAAAAAUCAAGCUCAAUAACAACACUCGAUAAACCAAUCAACAAACUAAAGUCAGAAUUGAGACAAUUAAAGCUGCUAGGCCGUAACAACCACAAUUUUGACGUCCAAAUUAGCACGCUGAGCAAACAUAUUAGAUCAAAAAUAUCAUCAGCAAAAGCGAUAAAAGCUGAAAAAACAGUCAAUAUCACAAGCCAAUUAAAACAAAAAUUCUGGGCAACGUGUGAAAAAUUACUAAAUCCGACAACCGCUCUGUCACCACUGUUUAGCGUCGAAGAAGCCAACAAAUUUUUAAACAAAAUUUUAAAAAACCCAUUUCACAAUAAAUAUCGCCUUCCAAAUUGGAUCGAACCUCUAACGAUCCCUUCAAUUGCCUGCAAUACCAAUACUCCUACAUACAAUGAAAUAUUCUCAAUAAUCAAGAAAUGCAAGUCGAAAGCAUCUCCUUGUCCUUUAGAUCAAAUGUUAAUAAUAAUUCUCAAAAAAUGUCCCAUACUUCGCACAAUCCUUCAUCUAUUACUGGUGCUGCACACGAUAAUGGUAAGCCAGCCAAGCAACGCGCCUGUCGUGUGCAAACUGUCUCACGUCCAGAUAAGCGAUGAGGAUCUUGUCUCCAGUCCAGUGGGUGAUGUCUACAGGAAGCUUUUCUUUCCAUGCUCCGAUGAAUCUGAUCUGUGCAGCACUGCAUGGAACGUCCGGAUUAAUUCUCGCUCCAAGUUCUACCAGUCAGCAAACACAACGAGCAAUGAAGCUAUCGUAGUAAAAAGUAUUGCAGACAUACGCGAAUGCAAACAAGCAUGCGAGAAGAGAGCGAACUGUCAGGGCUUCGACGUGGCCGUAGAACCCGGGCUGGUCCUCUUCGAUUCUCGUUUAGGAAACAAAGUUGAUCUCUUCAUUGAAAGCACGCGAAUAUCUGAAUGCAAAAUUUAUUUUGAUUUUGGAUUUGUCAAAGCAGAAGUGAAAAGCCAAGGAUUUGUCCAUUAUGUAAAAGUCAAUCCAUGCUCGGCCGAUGUACCGUUAGGCAAGUUCUUUCAAAACUCUGAUUCAAAUUAA